UGACGUGUGCAUUGCGUCUGCAGCAAAUUGCUCAAGCUGUUGCCGGUUGUGACGCUGGUGGUGACGCUGGUGACGUUCGUGGCGUUCGUGGUGGCGUACAAGAACCGCCAAGAGAGACCCGCCUACGUUGUCCAGACGCACGAAUCGCAGGUCGAAGGCAGGGCCGUCAUGAUCGAAGGUGUCCAAGUCGUGGAGUUCCUGGCCAUCCCGUUCGCCGAGAGCACGGCUGGCUCGAAUCGAUUCCGCAGACCAGUGGCUCGUUCGUUGCCUCGCAGGCUGAGCGCUCGCAGGUUGGGCCCUCCCUGCUUCCAGAGGAGGGAUGGCGUAUCCGCUACCAAUGCCUCGUCGACCACGGCAACAGCUGAAGGGACAGCAACGACUGCUAUUGGCUCGCGUCCGCCGGCGUCCGAUGGCCGGCACCAUCCACCGUCGUCCGCAGCUGCCGUUGUUUCGGAAACUUCGGAAGAGGAUCUCCGCGGCUCCAGCGGAGUCACCCCGCCAGCAACUAUCGUGCUGGAAGGCCGCGAACAGCCGUCGGAGGACUGCCUGCAUCUCAACAUCUGGGUGCCCCACAUGUUUCAGUUUCGUCUGGUCACGUGGUACCGCUGCGGCGAGGCUCCGAGCGAGCGUGGCUGCGACGCCUCGCCGUAG